AUGUGGAAAAGCAGAAAAAUAUUGUAUAAAAUUCUGAUUGACAAUAAUCUAUUAUUACCAAACAAAUAAGCCUGUCUAGAAUAAUUAACUAAGCUAGGGAUAAACUAUAUUGCACAUCACCAUGACCCUGUUCCAACAAUGGAUGAUGUUGUUAAAAUUCAAGUGACAAACGGUACAGCUUAUGUUAAGAAUCUAUUAUAUGUUGAUAAGAAAUAAAAUUAUUAUUUAAUCUUGGCCAAUCACACAACACAUGUUGGUAAAUUAUUUUGGAAAACACUUGGAUUAUCAUCAGGAAACAUGAGAAUAAGUAAAGAAGAACAAGUUAUAGAAGCUUUAAAGUCAAGUAAAGGAAAUGUAAACCCUUUUUCUAUUGCGAAUGAUUCAAAUAAUCGAGUUAAAAAUAUAAUUAUUGAUGAAGAAUUGACUAAGUUUUAAAAGCUAGCAUUGCAUCCAAUCGAAAAUACAACUACUAUCGAAAUUUCUCUAGAUGAUUUGUAGAAUAAAUUCUUGAAAGCAUUAAAUAGGCAAUAUACAAUAACAUAAUUGACUGAUGCAUCAGCUGAAUAACAAUUGUAAUAACUAAAAUAAUAAUAAAAUGAUUAACAAAAUCUAUAAACCUUAGCAAUUACAGUAAAAAAAUCUGAUUUCUCUGAAUGGUAUCAAUAAGUAAUUAGAAAAGCAGAAAUGAUUGAAUAUUAUGAUGUCAGUGGAUGUUAUAUUUUGAGACCAUGGUCAUAUUUCAUAUGGGAAUAAAUAUAAAGAUACUUUGAUGAUCUUAUUAGAACAGAAGAUGUUGAAAAUACUUAUUUUCCUAUGUUUCUAUCUGCUUAGCAAUUGAAUAAAGAGAAGGAACAUGUAGAGGGAUUCAAGGCAGAAGUAGCUUGGGUAACUAAGUAUGGUGAGAGCGAUUUAAAUGAACACUUAGCUAUUAGACCAACAUCUGAAACUAUUAUGUAUCCAGCAUUCGCAAAAUGGGUUUAGAGUCAUAGAGAUCUACCAUUGAAAGUGAAUUAAUGGACAAACAUUGUGAGAUGGGAAUUUAAAUAUCCGACACCAUUCAUAAGAACAAGAGAAUUUUUAUGGUAAGAAGGACAUACAGCUCAUUUUACAAAGGAGGAAGCCGUUAAAUAAGUUUAUACUAUUCUGAACUUCUAUGAACAAGUAUAUGGUGAAUUAUUGGCAGUUCCUGUGAUUAAAGGAAUUAAAACAGAAUCAGAAAAGUUUGCAGGAGGUGAUUUUACUACUACAGUAGAAACUAUAAUUCCAUAGAAUGGAAGGGGAUUACAAGGAGCCACAUCUCAUCAUUUAGGUUAAAAUUUUAGCAAGAUGUUUGAGAUUAAGUUUGAAGAUGAUAAGAGAUAGAAAGCAUUUGCAUGGUAGACUAGUUGGGGUUUAACAACAAGAUCUAUUGGUGCCAUGAUUAUGUUCCAUGGUGAUGAUAAGGGAUUAGUAUUACCUCCAAGGGUUGCUAAAUAUUAAAUUGUUAUCAUUCCUAUUAUUAAUAAAGAUCUUGAUGAAAAGCAAUUAAAUGAAAAAUGUGAAGAAAUCAAAUAAAUAUUAAUCAAAUAAAGGUUAAGAGUUCACUUUGAUAAUAGAGAUAACUAUUCUCCAGGAUGGAAAUUUAAUAAAUGGGAAUAGAAGGGAGUUCCUAUUAGAUUGGAGAUUGGACCAGGAGAAUUCAAAAAUAAUGAAGUUAGAGUUGUAUAAAGAUUUGACAAUAAGAAAUAUUAAAUUAAAAUAGAAGAUCUAAAUUAAUUAAAUUAAAUUCUAGAUAAUAUUCAUAAUGCUAUGUUUGAAAAAGCUUAAAUAGAACUAAAGUAAAGAAUCAAACAGGCUGAUAAUUGGAAAGAUUUUAUGAAUCAAUUAAAUCAAAGAAAUACAAUAUUAACUAAAUGGUGUUAAAGAGAUGAAUGUGAAUAGUAAGUUAAAACAAAAUCAGGAAUAGAAUCAAAAGAGAAGGAUUCAGAAAUUAAUGGGUAAGUUCAACUUACUGGUAGUGCCAAGACUUUAUGUAUGCCAUUGAAACAAGAUGAGAUUAAGGAGGGUGAGGGAUGUUUCCAUUGUGGCCAAUAAGCCAAGAAAUAUGUUUUAUGGGGAAGAUCAUAUUGA